AUGUUUCCUAUGAAUGGUCAAAUGUACGUGGAACAUAAUGGAAGGAACUUUUCUGCAAAUUCAGACUUUGAAGUGAAAAUCAAAGACAAAGAUUGCAUAACAACUUUGCCAUUGCAACCACCAAGUGCAAUAGAAUUUACGCAAAAGGAUCCAACCCGUAUUUUGACCCAGAAAUGUAAAUAA